UCGUUGGACAUGAAGCAUCGUUAAACUUGUUUUCGCUCAUCAAUGUUUUUUAGUCUCAACUUGUACUUGUAAAAACUUUUGGUUUUUCUCUUUUGUUUUGUACAAUGUACACUGCACGUUCGUAGUUAUUUUCGUCUUUGUGCUUGUUUCCGUUUGUUGAAUGGACAAUUAAAAAUGUACCAUUGAUUUUUGUGUUUGUUUGUUUAAAGACAACUGUGUUAUCGUGGCAUGCAAACUAUUUUCUCGUGGUGUAGGAUUUAGUGCUCUGUUGGGUAGGUGAUUCUUGCCGCAGGUGAAAAGUUACAUUUCACGUCAGGAGUCCUGUGCAUACGACCACAAUUCGUCUCUCCCAUUAUUGAAUGACAUGCCUUCUUGGAAUUUCACCAGAACGUAGCAGCCACAAUUGAUUGUAAGUUUCCAGGCAGCUUGUGACUGUGAUGGCUUCUCUCAUGGAGACGGAGGACAAGGUUCACGUCGUAAGUAUGAUGGGGGAUGCUGGAUUCGGAUCCGACGGGGCGAAUGAAGACAAUCGGGAAGAAGAAGCUCUGAGGGAAAUGUGGCAACAGUGUGAAGAUCCCGAAGAGAAGCGUCAACUUCGCACCCGAAUGUAUAAGCUUCGUGAGGACCGAAUUCGUGAUUUUUACGUUGGACGAGAUGGUCAAGAAAUUCUGGAAAGCAUUUUGAGAACGGAUAAUGUUUCUUCCAGAGGCUGUGGUGAAGACGAUAAUGCGAAUCUCCAAGAAAAUCGCUCCGUCACAUCCGUAGCUUCAAUGGUAGUGACCUCAUCAGAAAUUCAAUCAGGUCAUGAGCUAACUCCGGUGACAGUCACGAAAUCCGCUGCUACCGUCAUGAAGCAAGUGAGCAAACAGGGUGUCACUACGACCACCACCACCUCCUCCAAAAAGACCAUGAAGACCAACUCAUCAUCGUCUGAGAGUGACACCAAGGAAGAAACGAAACAGGUUAAGAAUCGAGGCACUGGGAAAGACAGGUCGCCUUCUUUGCAAUUGAAAGAGAUCAAGGAACAGAAAAAUCAGCAUAAACCGUUGUUGUCAAAUCGUCGCACAGUCCGGAGAAAGAGUUCCGCCGGGGAAAAUGAGAUUAUGGCUGGAAAUAUUGGGAGAAUUCAUCCCAAGCAAACCUCCACUGUGACUUAUGUCUUGAGUAACAAAGUUACAAACAAUCAAGGCAAAGUGGUCGCGGGGAGUAACAACAUCCGGAAUGGGGUGGAUGCAAUCGGAGAUAGAACGAAUAAAGGCAGGAGAGACAGCCGAGUUUCUAAACGGGGAGAACAGGGGAAUUCCACCACCACCACGAUUACUGCAAGAAAUAAUCAUGAUAAUAAUGCUAUCAGCAGCACUACGAAUGCAUCAUCGUCCAUUACAACCAAGACAACAAUUGGUGGUUCGACAAGGGUGAGUGGGGAUGGGCGCAAAGUGAACAAUAGCAUGAUUGAAACCACAACCAUCACCAACAUGAGAUCGACAAAGUCAUCAACAAUGACAACAGUAAAAAACGUCUCAUCUUCCACCACCAUUGGGCGAAUUGGGUUCUCAUCAACGGCCAGAAAAAUUGACGGGGCUGAGUCGUUCGAGAAGAGCUCAACGGGUCAUAAAUCGCGUCGCCAAGUAAUGUCGUCCAGUCUUGCCAAUGAGUCCAUUCCUCUGGGCUCUGUCCACAUCGAGGAACUUAUGGAGACGCCUGGAAAAGAUGAAGUAAAAGUGCAACGGGGAGCAACCAGAGCCAAGAAAUCUUCAGAGAAAAAUGUAAAGGAAUCUACCACUAAAUACCAAAGGAAGUCGAGUUCGAACGCAGAUGGCGAACCCAUAAAUCGGAAUUUGAGUAGUAGCGGUGGGGGUGGGGGUGGCCAACAAGUGACCAAAUCGGAGAUGACCAAGGCUAAUGCUACGACUACCACCACUAAUACUUCAUCGGCGAGAACGUGCUCCAAAGGAUCUGCCACCCUCAAUAUUCAUGGGAGCAGUAGCACCACUGCUACUGGCAGCAGUGGGGACAGAUCCACUGGGCAAGACAGAGGGAAUAAAGUCGUGAAUAAAUCACGAGAGAGUAGUCCGAAGCGAAGUGGCAGUUCUUACAAGGGAAAUAGUACGAGAGGCACUAAAGCAACUUUGAAAACUGGUGAAAGUUUGGAAACUCCUGUAAUAAAAGUUGAUAGAGAAGGAGAAGAGAGCAGUGUGGGAUAUGGUGAUGGAGAGUCCGUGGGAUCCAAGAGCUUGAAAAAGGAUAACAAUAAGACAGAGGAGUCAAUCAUAAGGGAAUUGGAUAUUUUGGACAACUACUUGUCACAAAGGAGCAUUUCCAUUGAUGAAGCCUCUGCUAAAGAGAGUGAAAAAGUGGACAGGACCAUCACAACCACAACCACAAUGGAGCUUGGUCGUAGCAAACCAGUUGGCGGUGAAAAUCUGGCCGGAAAAUCGGAUGUCAUGGAAGUCGGGAUAGAACCACCCUUCACGAGGACCGAGUAUAAGUACAACUGCCCGGGUGAGGAGGAUCAUCAUCGCCACCACAAAGAUCAUCAUCACGAAGACAGUUCCGCUGAUCGGAAUACCAAUGAGUUGAGAGAGCCUCAAUCAGCCAGAAAUCGCGACCAUGAUACAAAGUUAAACUCAAGUAUUGAAGAUCAAAUUAUUGUAGAUGUCGUCGAAACAAGUUUGACUCCAUCCACUCGGGUGCCAAGCAAUAAGGGGAAGUCGAGAUCGUCAUCGAAACCUGCUACUCUAAAGGCUAAUUUGUCAACUAAUAGUGCCACGUCCAAGACAAACAUUAAAUCGUCAUCUGCAGGUAUUGAACCACUAAUGCCGGCUAAAAAAGUUGACCCAACUUUCCUCCAAAUCGGCAGCAGACAAUCCUCUUCAACCCAAAUGCAGAUCAAACAGCAGAAAAACGAGACCGAAAUACUCAACCGUCCCAGCCGAAAGGAGCAGCCAAAACUGACUGGAACCAAAAAUACUAGUACCUUUAUUUCCCUCGAGGAGAAAGUUAAAAGUAAACCGGAACCUAAUCCUCGAGCUUUGAAAAAAUCAUUCGAUGGCGGCGAUGAUGAUGAUGAGACUGUUGAAGGUUCCGUUGUAAAGAUGAAUAGUAAAGUUAUCCGUCGAGAUAACGUGGAUGAUAAUAAUGAAGACGAUAACGAUGACCCAUUAAGACCUCAAACCAUGAAGCAGGGCCAUGAUCACCCAGGUGCAGUACUUAAGGCCAAGAGUCUUUUUGAAACUAAAGCUCAAGAAGCCGCCAUGGAUCGGGCAUCCGCCGACUUCGACAUGGAUAAGGGCAUCACACAAAGCGCCAAAGUGUCCAAAAAAGCCGCACUGUUUGAAGCCAGGUCCAGAGGUGAGCGGAUAAGUGUUAGCUCAGAGUCUUCAGUUGCCACUUCUUCUGCCCCUGAUGAGAAAGGAGGGACGAGGGUGACUCAACCUGUUAAUCAGACCGAGCUCACUACCACCAGCAGCACCAUAUUAUCCAACACUGACAACGAGAACGCAAACAAGCUUGAGAGUCCAAAGAAGGUCAGCUCCACGCUAAUGGCCACAUCCACCUCCAUUGCUCCGACAUUAAAGAGAGAAAAAUCCAUUCUCACUGCAGCCUCCAAAGAAAUCAAAGAUCAAGACUCGUCCACGGCUACUACGGUCCGCUCCAUAAAAAGGAAAACAUCUAAAGAAACCUCCACAUCAAGGGGAUCUACCACCAACACCGCAUCCGCUUACACAACAAGACGUAAAUCCUCCGAGGUGAAAUUCGAUACGAAUGAGAACACCGCAAAAACGGAGCAAACAAGGUCAUCCAACAAAUCGGCAGCAAAACUAUAUCAGCAAAGACGCGACAGUGGGAAAAGUGAGACUGACGAAGAACAAAAGACGACGAACCGUCAUCCCCGGAGAAAAAGCACGGAGAAUGGGAGAGAGAGCCAGAAGAAAGAGCUCCAGAGUUGUGUCACCACAACAAGUAGCACCACUUGCAAUAGGAGAAGGGCAUCUCAAGACAAGAAGGUUUCACCCGAACCACAACCAGCAGCCCAUCUCCAGAAAAGAGACGACGAGAGCAAAAGAAAUGAAAAUCGGAGACCCUCUUUCCCGUCACACUCGACAAGAAAAAACUCUCUCCAAGAGGCAGCCAAUUGCACCAUCCCCACCACGACGGGUUCUGCUCUACUUUCUCGAUCCGAUAAAUUGGAGCAAGAUGAAAAUAAGCGUGUAGAAAGCAGUGGGAAUACGUUAACAAUGACAUCAACAUCAGUCCAAAUAAAUUCAAACAGAAUGACAACAACUGAGCUGAAUGCCGUGAUGGAGAUUGAGGACAUUGAGGAAUUGACUCGACUGCUCGAGAAGGCUACAGACUAUGAUGAAAGGAGCAAAAUCCGGGGUAGAAUUCGGGGUCUGAAGAGGAAGGCUGCCCUGGUGAAGAGACCCUCAGCCGAGAAUGAGACGACGGAAGGCGAAACUCUCUCAAAACGAGCAGCAAGUGCUUUCACCACCAAUAUUUCGAGCACGAGUGAAAGUGUGAGCAUUAUGAAUGCCAAGAAUAAGGCCAUGUCUUCCACAACCACCACUUCGACUACUACAACCAAUACCACUUGUGGAAAUGGGAGAAAAAAGUCGAAUGAGAGGAGGCGAUCAUCGGGGGAAAUUCCAAGCAAUAAAGUUACCACGAGAAAGAAGUCGUCUGAAUUAAUUGGGAGGGAGAACAGUUCUGAUGACAAUAAUAAGAAUGCAUCCGACGUUGUUGAGGUGAAAAAAACUCUCAAGGCAAACGUUGUCAAGUCUGCUAAUGACGAACGGAAAGUACGAAAUCGUAACAAGUCGUCGUCCCCAUCACCACCGCCUCAAUCACAACUGAAACCACACGCUGUGACUCCGCAAACAAUAGAAACUACACUAAUUGACUCCUCCGUACCCACAACAACAUCGACUACAAUGGGAGGAGGGGGAGAACGUCGGCUUUCAUGGGAAACGCAACAACUUCUCAGCACCAGAAAAUACUCGCGAGAUUCGCCUCGUCAGGGGGAGGAUGAGAAAAAAGUAUCCAAAGUUAUCGAUGAUGUCACUCCGACUCCUCCCAACAUAAAAUCCGGUCUAACGAAAGAGAAAGUGGAACCGACUCCAGAGGAGAAGACACUUGGACCAGCUCCUACGCUUGAGGAAAAGCCUACGAGACCAUUCACGGAAGAAAAGACUCCGAAACCCUUGAUAAAAAAGCCUUCUCGAGACAAAACCUCUCCACCACGUGUCGUUUCUUCCUUAAUUGAGUCUGUUGCAGCAUCGACAACUAUGCAAAAAUCACGCGAGAUGACCAAAGCCGAAAAGUAUGAGGCUGACAUUUUGAGUCGACCGAGUGUAUUUUGUCAACGCAGACAAGAACAACAGGAAUCGCAAAACACUGCGACAAAACAGGAACAAGUUACCACUACCACCACGACUUCUUUUAAGUCCAAGGCACUGAAAACUGGGGAGACUUCUUUGACUUCAGCUCAAAAAUCAUCAUCAUGGAAUCAAGAAAUUAAAGUCACAAAAGAGGCGAGCCCUGAACCACCCACCACUAAAAGUACUUCUCGAAAAAAAUCUGCUGACGACUCCCAAGACAAAGUGGUCAAGGUCACAAGAAAGUCCUCCAAGGAUGAAAUCAAGGAGAAAAGUCCACCACCACCGACACGUGUCCCACAGCGAAGUUCUCCGGCCAAAUAUACCAGAAAAGGGAGCUCUAAAGAGUUUAAAGUAGUGGAAAAACUCUCCAGCAAUGAGUCGGCUAAACUGGGUGAGAAAAUUGAAAUGAUAUCAAAAAUUCCAACAACCCCAGCCCCAACAUCAUCAUCUCCACCAGCAUCUAAAAAGGGUGGUGCGACAACAAAAGAUGACCAAAAGUCUGAAGAUGACAAGCACAAGUCUGACACGGAAAUUAAUUUCAAUCAAACGCAACAAUCGCAAUCUUCUUCACCACCCACGACCAAACACCCAAAAUCUCAAUCUGAACAGCCAGCACCACCACCAGCAGCAACAACCUCAUCACUAGCAGAUCGAAAUAAAAAGACUGUGAAAACUGAUACCCCCGUGAAGAAGAAUGAGAAGAAGAGUAGUGCCCCGUUAAUGGAUUCUUCUAAUUCAACUUCAACGACAGGAUCAACAAUUACGAAAUUUAACUUAUCAACUAAAUCCUCCUCUUCAGGCACCACAACCAACGACACUGCGAGAGAUUCGCAUUCCAAAGGGACAGAGUCAGUGACUUCCAGCUAUGGUGUGGGGCCCACAGAUGAUGAUGGGACGCCACUCUUUGGUCUUAAAGCAUUACGAAAAAUUAAGCAGGUUCAGGAACAAAUUACUACCAGCACCACUUCUUCAGCCGCAUCGACUGAGAGCACAGAGAAAGCAGGUUUGUCGAAGGAGGACGCGUACACGAGCACCAAACAGAGUUUGAGGGCCAGUGAGAAUUUUGGACUGAAAGCGUUGAAGAAAGGGUCCAUAGCGAGCAAGGGCUUGUUGUUGGCGGAGGAUGAGGAUGAAGAGGACACGAAGAAGACACAGCAACAGAAGAAGAAAAAUAAAAUCCCAGAGUCAUCAGUUCCAGAGGGUUCCACACGACAGACUAAAUCAGAAUUUUUAUCGUCCACCACGACGAGCACAAUCAGAUUACAAUCUUCUUCCUCACCACCAGCCACAACUGAGACGGAGACGGCAGAACAAAGGGGUGCAAAUCUGGACAGAGGCAACUCUCCCAAAUCUAUAUUGAAAAAAACUUCAUCUUUUACGAGUCAAAUUGGAACAAGUGGUGAGGGAAAUGGUGGUGGUGGCGGUGUCGUAAAGUCCAAGACCGCUGAGGACGAUGAUGAUGGCAACAAUUUUGAUGAAAUUGAGAGUGGAACCAUUAAUAGUGUAAAAGUGGGCGAGGAUGAGACAACGGAUGAAUUUAGGAGAUUGACCACCACUUCUUCCACUACUUCCAAUAUCACCCACUCUCACAGUCUUGGGAGUGAUGGUGGCAUGGAAGAUUCGUCAUGGCGUAGAAAGUCGGCAACACCAUCUCCAGAUCCAAUGAAUGCCUCCUCUGCAACCAAUGCAACCACUUCUGGUUUACUCUCACUCUCCCGAGGAAAAGUUGGUCGUUCCUCCGUAAAGGAAAUGUCCAAACGGUUUCUACAGACUUCUGAAAGUGGAGAAACUUUGUCAAAUUGUCAAACUCAACAAAAUCUGAAUGAGGGUGAUGUCGUCGACCAUAAACCAGUGUUUAUUAGGGGAAGCAGUCCAUCCCGGAUUCCUUCUCCCGUUAAGCCAUCAACCACCACCACAACCAUUACGACGACUACCAAAAGCAGCGUCGAAGUCAGUGGAGGAGAUCCAGACGGAAAUAUUAAGAUUGAAGUUAAUCGAGGAGAUCCUGAUCACGAGGAGGUGUCAUACUACUCACCCAGUGAUUCAGACGGUGGGGGCAGUGGUAUCAUCCGUAUCACACGCACGGUGACCACGACCAGUGGCAUUGGAGGUGGUGGAGGUGGUCGAAGUUUCCUCAAUGAUUCCAGCCCCAUCCAGAACCUUUCCGACGUAAUUGAACGAAUGCGAGGUGAAGAAGGCCAGAGGAAAUAUACGGAGGAUUUUAGCGAGGAUGCUGAAGAAGGCGAUUGCGAGAAAGGCAAAGACUCGGCCGAGAGCGGGUUGAAUCUUCUCAAUAAAUUCAUCGGGGCUCAAAUCAUUAUGAAAUCAGUGGAACCCAUGCUUCUUUCCAAGAAGGUGACCAUGUCAUCCUCAAGUCUUAUCGUUAACGGGGUCAAUGUGGACGUGGAGACGGAUCCAGUCAGGUUAAGACAAUUGUUAGCCGAAGUGGAAGGAGAGGACCGAGAGCGGAUUGGAAAUCGGCUGCGAAGUUUGGAGAGUGGUGGCACUUCAGUCGAGCGGUCAGCCUCCACCCCUUCCACCCAACGUUCCCGACCCCUGACGAAAACGCUGUCCAUCGGAGGAGUAACGCUAGGAUCGGAUUCUUCUGAUGUGGCUGACGUGACUGAGGAGAGGUUCUCUUUUAAUCGGUCUCAAUUUUCUCGGGCUCAAAUCUGGGCUCAAAGCUCUUCAAAGUCUCUUGACAUGAGUAAUCUGAUGUCAGGUUUAGGGGGUGGUGGUAGUGGUAGCCAUGCUCAAUAUUACACACCAGUGCAAUCACCACCAUUUUGCAACCAGAACUAUCCGUUCUACGACCAACAAAUGCAGACAUUUUGUGAAACCUCCAAUCGCCGUCAAUUUAACUUCCAACAACAACAAAACGGAGUGCCUCCACUGCCCACGAUGAGACCACAGCUUCCUCCACUGCUUCCCACUACAACUUUCCCUAGCGUGGCCCCUGUCGUUACCACACCUCCAAUUAGCGGAGGCAUUUCUGGGACCUCGAGCCUUGCGGCGAACUCACAAAUUCAACAAAAAUCUCAAAUUAUGCAGCAAAGCAGCAGCUCCUCGACUUCAUCUUUUAAAAGCACAACUUCUUCAACUACUUCCUCUGUUGGUGGCGGUGCUGGGCUUAAUAAGUUCAAACAAAUGGACCAACAAGCUAAAGCAAACUCGGGAGGGGCAGCCCCCAUGUUUAAAUUGAGCCAGGGGUUGAAAACAAGCGCAAAUAGUGCAAAAGACAUUCUGCUGUACUGGUGCCAAUGUCGGACUCGGGAUUAUGAGAACGUCAAAAUUGAAAACUUUUCGAGUAGCUGGAGUGACGGGCUUGCUUUCUGUGCACUGAUUCAUCAUUUUUACCCUGACGCUUUUGACUACAAAUCCUUGGACCCAAAAAAUCGACGAUUCAACUUUGAUCUUGCUUUCCGUGUUGCAGAUGAGAAAGCAGGCAUCUAUCCCCUCUUAGACACUGAAGAUAUGAUUGUAAUGGGACGAAGACCAGACUGGAAAUGCGUGUUCACUUACGUGCAAUCAAUGUACCGGAGUCUCAAAGACCUCGCAUAAGAACUGACGUACAAAAUCUUCAGGCCAAAACAAGACCUACAGAGGACACUUCUUUUCUUGAUACCAUAAAUAUUUUCUUCCGUACAAUGUCAUCAGAAAUUUUCUUAUCUACUCGCCAACAUUUAAAAAUGUGGUUCAUUGAGCCCAUCCGUUUCUAAAAGUAUUUAACUAGUUUCUUGUGACUCGUCUCCGCAUCCUUGGAUUUGCUACGUACACAUAAAAGACGUUUCUUUUUAACAUUUUCCCAUCUACAUAAUUUCUCAGUGUCUAGAAAAUUUUAUUUCAUGAAAAUUAGAAUGGUUAGAACUAUGAAAUGAAGAAUAGACUAGAUUUCUAUGAAUCUUUUUGAAAAAAGUGGAUCAAAGCUUUGUAUUGUAAAUAUGUACCUGCCACGAUGACAUUACACUAACUUGACAUUUUCCAGUCUUUCAUACAUCUCUAAAAAUAAUGACGCCCUUGUCACAAAAAUAUUUGCAUAUGAGAGAAAGCCCGUGUACUUUAAGCUAUUUAUAAAAAUUGGAAUAAUAUUGUAUAACCUGACUCUUAUUUGAAGAGAGUGAGUGCUAUAUAUUAUUAUAAAUAUGUAUGUAACCGUUAAACGUUAUUCUCUACAUCACCACGUUCUUCCGUUGUCCUUGUGUGAUAAAUUGCAUUAACAUAUAAUCUCAAAGAAGAUCAAAGAACAAUAAGUUAAAAGUUAAAGAAAGGGAUAGAAACCCGAAGGGGUGUGGGUUCUAGAAUGGAAGUUUGUUGUAAUAAUAAUAAUAAUAGAAAAAAGUGGUGCUGUAAUGAGGCUUUUUUGAGGUCUCAAAAUGCUUUUCACUUUUGAAAAAGAAAUUAGGUUUCAAUUAACAUAAAUUACUUUUAACUGACUUUAUCUGGCGAUGAAACGAAAAACAUAAGUGUAGGAUUUUAGCCUAAAUUUUUAGCCGGUUUUAUAAAGUUUUACGUUAUUCAGUACAUAAGAGUGCCAUGAUUUUAAAUAAAUAACAGAAAUAGUCAUUUAAAAACUAAUCACGCAUUAAUAAUGGAUUAGUAUUAUUCUUGAAAUAAUGAAUAUUGUACGAGAAUAUUAUCAAAUAGUGCUUAACUGCGAAAAUAGUUUUUACUAUUGUGUUUUUUUUUGGUUCGGUAAAAAUAUGACAAUUUUAUGGUCGUCGGGAGCAAAGGAAAUAUUUUGUGAUUUUGGCAUUACCCCAAAUAAAUUUGACUAUGUGGUGCAGGAUUUCAAGCAGGACUGAUUUGUACUCGUUGUUGGUUAGCUUAAAAGGGCUCUCGUGAUUAUAGAAUGUGUAGUAUGGUAGGUAUGGAAAACGGACCGGAUGUUACUUUGUAGAGCGUUAUCAUCAAUUAGAUAUACAACAAGUGAAUUAUUAUUAUUAGUAUUAGUUAUGCAGGUUUAUAAUAAUGCAAUGCAGAAAAAAUAAGGAUACAAUAUUAAUGAUUUACUAACCGCAAACCGUAAUAACCGUAAUAAUAAAUAAAUGCUAAAUUGCGUUUGGAAAAU